AACUUUUGUUUAAAUGUAAGACUGAACAUUAGUAACCAAACUGUUUCUUUUAAUUCAGAAAUCCUGAGUAAUGGUGCUUCACUUCACCAGAGCAUUGUUAGUUUAUUUGAAGGGACUCCUCCUAGCAAGGUGACGGUAGCUUUGCCCAAUGCUGGUCACUGGAGGAGCCUACAGACUGUUUUCCCGCACAUUCGUGAGGUAGAUCUACUUGAAAAGCCAGUUGUUCACCCUUAUUUACACUAUAGAGGUGUUGUUGACUGUGUGGCUAAGUAUAGAAACCAGCUGGUAGUAAUUGACUGGAAAACAUCUAAGAAACUCAAACCAACAUUAGCCAAGACUUUUGACAGCCCCCUGCAGGCAGCUGCUUAUGUUGGUGCUCUCAAUUUUGACACAAACUACAGACUACAGGUGGAUAGUGCAGUUGUGGUGAUAGCCUAUGAGAGUGGAGAACCUUGCCACAUCCAUCAUAUUACUCCUGACAAGUGUUUGAGAUACUGGAAGGACUGGCUUCACCGGCUUAAGCAGUUCUGGGAAAUAGUGAAUGAGGAAAAAGGGUUAAUAAAAAGAUGACUAGUGCAAUAAAAUACAGUAUUAGAAAGAAA